GUGCAUGCCGGGAUAAGUCUGUCCGUAGCCAACCUUCAGCCAUGUUGUCCUUGUGACACCGGAGAAAAAAACUCGCUUCUCUCCAGAAAUCGCUCUUCUAACCGGCGUUAUGGUGCAGACAAGGAGUCCGGAGGAGUGCUGGAUCAAUCCUCACGGCCCUCUAGGUCGCCCUGAGAGUCUAAUCGUGGACGAACUGCCCCCGCCGAAUUAUCUCAACCGCUACACACCGAUAUUCGUGGCUUGGGGGGUGGGGACAGCGAUCUUGCAAAACAUGUUCAAAAGACGGCCAUAUUAUGCAGGUGUUCAGCGGCACAUUCUCUUUGCUGGUAUUGGCACGGUGGCUGCCUACUACUUCACCAAAGCGGAAAACAACAGGAACGCUAGAAGAGACUUGAUCAUCGAGGACUAUAUGAAGAAACACCCAGAAGACUUCCCACCACAAGGAGGAAAGACCUUUAACGACGUGCUGAUACCGUGGGCGCCCAUCCGCUGAGUGCGGCCAUGAUGACAACACACCACCAGCCCCCCUCCCCCUCCAGAGUUUAACACAGCAGCCAGGCAGGGCCCAGCAGCUUGUGAUGGUCCAUGCAGCAGCAGUCCUGUUUUCGCUUCAGCUAACCUACGUAGUAACCAGGCGUUUGGCACACAGCACGUCCCUGUAACCAGGCUUGCACAGUCAGGGCUUUGUUUAUGACGAGAGAGAGAGUAGCUAGCCGUGAUAGUUCUAGUCAUGUGGUUUAUAUGUUUAUAGAGAUAAGCACUGAUGGAAUGGUGCUAUUUGAAGGAAUGGACCUUCCCGCAUAAGGGUUAGGCAUUCUGGAACGUUUUGAAUUUCCUACUUCUUUGCUCCGGUCUCCCGAGCUCCAAAGGCAGCCCCUGCCCUGACUGGCUUUGUUUGGCAUUGUGCUUUAGGCCUUUAGGCAAUUUUUCUUUGUCAGCAGCACAGGGUAGAAAUGGACUGCAUCUGGAGUUUGGGAGGCUUCUUUCCUAUCGUAGUACCACACUACCACCCCUGUAUUAAGCAACAGUCAGUGAUAUGAAAGGACAUUGGAAGUGCUUGUCGUAUGUUGUACCUAGCCGUUGUGAUGUUACCUCGGCGCGUGAUAUUUUUGUUCGUCUGUGUGCCUUGAAAAAAAGUUUUGCUGUAUGUAUGUGUGAGUGUCUGUAAAGGAAACAUUUGAACAUGCGGGUGCACACCAACUCAGGCAGGGAGCAACUGAUGUGUAUAACAAUGGAAGAAGGACUACAUCAUUAAAUGAUGUGCUUGUUACAGAAAGAGGUCGUUUGUAAGAAAUUACAUCGAUCCGGUUCGUGUUUUGAACUCCUGCUUGAGAAUCAAAGUGACAGAAAGGAAAACAGUUGCCUGUAUCAGGAUCGGACUUAGGAACGGAUCAAACCUCUGGACUUUUAUUCUGUCUUUUCUCUAUAACGUGUUAUAAUAACCAGGAGUUUCUAAAAAGAAUUGUACAUAGAAGAGACUGGACUCGCUGCUGUAUACCCUGUCGGCUGCUUUAAUAAAAAGUAGUAUGGUUGA